AUGGCCAAUGGCAGCGGCGGCGGCGGCGGCGGCGGAGGCGGCGGCGGCGGCUCCAGCAGCAGCAGCAGCAACUACUACUCGGGAGGCGGCAGCGGCAACAUUAGGAUGAGCGGCCCCGUCGGCAGCAGCCUGAACACGGACUCGUCCUCGGCCCCGGCCAGGGCGUCCAGCGCGCUCAUCAUCCCCAUCACCAUGGACGUGCCCUGCGACAGCGGGCAGCGCAUGUGGUGGGCCUUCCUGGCCUCGUCCAUGGUGACCUUCUUCGGGGGACUGUUCAUCAUCCUGCUGUGGAGGACCCUGAAGUACCUGUGGACCGUCUGCUGCCACUGCGGGGGCAAGGAGAAGGAGGCCCAGAAGAUAAAUGGCAACGCGGAGACCCAGGCAGAUGGGGACCUCAAGCCCACAGACGAGAAGGAAGAAGUGGUGGCAGCAGAAGUGGGCUGGAUGACCUCUGUGAAGGACUGGGCAGGGGUGAUGAUUUCUGCCCAGACCUUAACUGGCAGAGUCCUUGUUGUUUUAGUCUUCGCUCUUAGUAUUGGUGCUCUUGUAAUAUACUUCAUAGAUUCGUCAAACCCAAUAGAAUCUUGCCAGAAUUUCUACAAAGAUUUCACGUUACAGAUAGACAUGGCUUUCAACGUGUUCUUCCUACUCUACUUUGGUCUGCGUUUCAUAGCGGCCAACGACAAAUUAUGGUUUUGGCUGGAAGUAAACUCAGUGGUAGAUUUCUUCACAGUCCCUCCAGUGUUCGUUUCAGUGUAUUUAAACAGAAGUUGGCUGGGUUUAAGAUUUUUACGAGCUCUUAGGCUGAUACAGUUCUCAGAAAUUUUGCAGUUUCUGAAUAUCCUUAAAACAAGUAAUUCCAUCAAGUUGGUGAAUUUGUGCUCGAUAUUUAUUAGCACAUGGCUGACAGCAGCUGGAUUUAUACAUUUGGUGGAGAACUCAGGGGAUCCAUGGGAAAACUUCCAAAAUAACCAAGCGCUCACCUAUUGGGAAUGUGUUUAUUUACUAAUGGUUACUAUGUCCACUGUUGGCUAUGGAGAUGUUUAUGCAAAAACAACCCUUGGUCGCCUUUUCAUGGUCUUCUUCAUCCUCGGGGGAUUGGCCAUGUUUGCCAGCUACGUCCCUGAAAUCAUAGAGUUAAUAGGAAACCGCAAGAAAUAUGGUGGUUCCUAUAGUGCGGUUAGUGGAAGAAAGCACAUUGUUGUCUGUGGUCACAUAACAUUGGAAAGUGUGUCCAACUUCUUGAAGGACUUCCUGCACAAGGACAGGGAUGAUGUGAACGUAGAAAUCGUCUUUCUGCAUAAUAUCUCCCCUAACCUUGAGUUGGAAGCUCUUUUUAAACGACACUUCACUCAGGUGGAAUUCUUUCAGGGUUCUGUUCUCAAUCCUCAUGACCUGGCUAGAGUAAAGAUAGAGUCAGCGGACGCGUGCCUCAUCCUUGCCAACAAAUACUGUGCUGACCCAGAUGCUGAGGAUGCUUCUAACAUUAUGAGAGUAAUUUCCAUAAAGAAUUAUCAUCCAAAAAUAAGAAUAAUCACCCAGAUGUUGCAGUAUCACAACAAGGCCCAUCUGCUAAAUAUCCCAAGCUGGAACUGGAAAGAAGGAGAUGAUGCCAUUUGCCUGGCGGAGCUCAAGCUGGGCUUCAUCGCCCAGAGCUGCCUGGCGCCCGGCCUAUCGACAAUGCUGGCCAACCUCUUUUCCAUGAGGUCAUUUAUAAAGAUUGAAGAGGAUACAUGGCAGAAAUACUACCUGGAAGGAGUUGCUAAUGAAAUGUACACAGAGUAUCUUUCUAGUGCCUUUGUUGGUCUGUCGUUCCCUGCUGUUUGUGAACUGGUCUUUGCGAAGCUAAAGCUCUUAAUGAUAGCCAUAGAAUAUAAGUCGGAGAAACGGGAAAGCAGUAUAUUAAUCAAUCCUGGAAACCAUGUGAAGAUUCAAGAGGGUACCUUAGGAUUCUUCAUUGCAAGUGAUGCCAAAGAAGUUAAAAGGGCAUUUUUUUACUGCAAGGCCUGUCAUGAUGACAUCACAGAUCCCAAAAGGAUAAAAAAAUGUGGCUGCAAACGGCCCAAGCGGUCCAUCUACAAGAGAAUCAAACUGGCAUGCUGUUUUGAUUGCGGACGCUCAGAGCGUGACUGCGCUUGCAUGCCAGGCAGUGUGCAUAGUAACAUGGACACCCUUGAGAGAGCCUUCCCACUUUCUUCUGUCUCUGUUAAUGAUUGCUCCACCAAUUUACGUGCCUUUGAAGAUGAGCAGCCGACAACCCUCUCUCCCAAGAAAAAGCAACGGAACGGAGGGAUGAGAAAUUCGCCUAACUCUUCACCCAAGCUGAUGAGACACGACCCCUUAUUAAUACCUGGCAACGAACAAGUUGACAACAUGGAUUGCAAUGUGAAAAAAUAUGACUCCACAGGAAUGUUUCAUUGGUGUCCAGCCAAAGAGAUCGACAAGGUUAUUUUGACUCGAAGUGAGGCAGCCAUGACUGUGUUAAGUGGCCACGUGGUCGUUUGCAUCUUUGGGGAUGUGACAUCAGCACUCAUCGGACUGAGAAACUUUGUGAUGCCCUUAAGGGCCAGUAACUUUCACUACCACGAACUCAAGCACAUUGUUUUUGUGGGCUCCCUGGAAUACCUGAGGAGGGAAUGGGAGACGAUGCAUAACUUCCCCAAAGUCUCCAUCUUGCCUGGCACACCAUUAAGUCGAGCUGAUUUAAGGGCUGUCAACAUCAACCUCUGCGACAUGUGCGUAAUCCUGUCAGCCAAUCAGAAUAAUAUUGAUGAUACUUCGCUGCAGGACAAGGAAUGCAUCUUGGCAUCACUCAACAUCAAGUCUAUGCAGUUUGAUGACAGCAUUGGGGUCUUGCAGGCUAAUUCCCAAGGGUUUUCACCACCAGGAAUGGAUCGGUCAUCACCAGACAACAGCCCUGUUCAUGGCCUCCUACGUCAACCCUCCAUUACGACAGGAAUUGAUAUCCCUAUUAUAACAGAAUUAGUGAAUGAUUCGAACGUUCAGUUUCUGGACCAAGAUGAUGACGAUGACCCUGAUACAGAGCUGUACCUCACACAGCCGUUUGCCUGUGGGACUGCCUUUGCCGUCAGUGUGCUUGACUCCCUCAUGAGUGCGACAUACUUCAAUGACAAUAUUCUCACAUUGAUACGAACGUUGGUAACGGGAGGAGCCACGCCGGAGCUGGAGUCGCUGAUUGCGGAAGAGAAUGCGCUGAGGGGCGGCUACAGCACCCCACAAACCCUCGCGAACCGGGACAGGUGCCGCGUGGCACAGCUGGCCCUGCUGGACGGGCCCUUUGCAGAUCUUGGGGAUGGUGGUUGUUACGGAGAUCUGUUUUGUAAAGCUUUGAAAACAUACAAUAUGCUUUGCUUUGGAAUAUACCGAUUGAGAGAUUUCAAUCAAAGCACGCCUAGCCAAUGCACCAAGCGUUUUGUUAUAGCCAACCCACCGUAUGAGUUUGAGCUCGUGCCGACCGACUGGAUCUUCUGUCUGAUGCAGUAUGAUCACAAUGCGGGUCAGUCCCGGGCCAGUCUCUCCCAUUCUUCCCAUUCGUCCUACACGUCCAGCAAGAAAAGCUCGUCGGUUCAUUCUAUCCCGGCCACGGCAAACCGCCAGAACCGCACAAAGACCAGGGACUCCCGGGAAAAGCAGAAGUACGUGCAAGAAGACAGACUUUGAUCUGUGUGCCCACUCCCACUGUGUGUGAAGCUUUCUGCAGCACCCAUUCCCUCCCGAUUGGUGUGUCCAGUAAUAGCUUUCCCUGUUCUCCCCAGCCUUCCCCAUGGAGUGCCCAUUUUUAUAUACAUUUUGCAUAUGUAUAACAGUGUGCAUGUGACUGUCAUUUUUAUUUCAAUACCAUGAAACCCUUAAGCACAACAGCAACGAAGCAGACGGACCAAACAUGGCUUACGAUACGGAGCAGGUGGGAAAGAGUUAACAGCAGAUGGGACUGCCAUAAAUGCUCUGCUUCUCCGAGUUUAGAGCAAGUGCAGUGCAAAGCAUUGGCCUGGUAUCAGGUACCAAAAAGAAGCUAUUAAUGUAAGGGUAGUGUUGCAAAGGGGGUAUUUACCUAGGGGGUAAAUUCAUGUACCUGAAAUUAGGGGUUCCACCCAUGGGCUAGUUUUCUAAGAAUCAGGUAAAGGUACUGUGGGAGAGCUUGAAACACCCUGUGCCUUGCACCUUUUUGUACAAUUUUCUGCACCUGCUUUUAUACCAAAGCAAUAUCAGGGUCUCUCCUGCACACAGGACUUUUAAAAAAUUCUCUAGUAGAACGAGUGCCUUCUUCCCUUUAAUGUAGAAGUACUAAAAAUGGCCAGACAUGUAGUUCUCGAAUUCUUAAUGAUUUAACCUUUUUUACGGUACUAAUUGCAUAUUAAAUUCUGUCUAUACUGCCACAUGAAUAACUAUAUUUUCUCUCACUUUUGACAUUUGGGAUGAAAAGCCAUGUGCAUCAUAAAUAUUGAAUGCAACUCAUUAGAUUCUUCCUUUGUGAGACGUUUACAUCUAUUAAAAGGUGAAUUAGUCACCUUAUGUUCAGAAUGAAUGGGUAAAAUCCUUCCCCACCUACUGAAGGAUCACUCAUAAUACUCAGAAAAGAGCAAGUAGUUUUCCUUGUUUAAGUAGCCACCCUCAGGGGCUUCUUCCCACUCCAACAGUUAAAUUCUGUACCAUUAAAACCUUCACAAAGAACUUACAUAUAUACGCUCCAGAAACUCUAGGGUCAUUUUAGCUAGUAUGUUUAGUAACUGUACCUGGCACAACAGCCUUUUUUAUAUUUUUCAUAUUAUCUGCUGAACUGAAAGACAAUGUGCUGCUUUUGAGAAGAUUUAAAGAACCCCCAGAGUAGCUCCUGUGCCAUUUGCGUGUAUCCAUGUAUUCCUCCAAGGGAUGGCCUGCUUCCACCACCUGAGAACCGUUGUGUUUCCCAAACUGUUCACACUUGGGACACUGUUUGUUUAUUUGUCUGUUUCUAGAUUGAAAUCUGAUAACCGCUUCACAUUCUCACUCAGAAUGGUAGUUGUGUCCCGUUGUUCCCCAGCGAUAGCUCUGUCACGGGUCCUCUUGGAUGCUAGAGAUGGCAGUGCGAUUUGUCGGCCUCAUGGAUUCCCCCAUGCACUCCACCUGCAUUGCAGCUUGCGGGGACCUGUGGCAUGUCCCAUCUCUUGGGAUGCAUGCAGGGCCUGCAGGGGGGGACAGCAUGCCACACACAGACCCUCCUCCACCAGACACAGAGCAGUGGAUGCAACCGACACAGGGGCCGCAUGGCCCAGAGCAAGUGUCGGGGCCACUGACAGCGUUUUGGACCGCUCACCAAAACAGUUUGGGAAUCACGGCUAGUCACAAAGACCUCUGAAUUCACAUCUUGCAGCCUUCUGCAAAGACCUCUGAAUUCACAUCUUACAGCCUUCCGCACAUGGUCGAGCUCUGAAGUUCAUUUACUUGCGAGCAAAUAUUCAGGUAAACGUGGUCCAUGGCAGAUCGUUCGGUGUGGUUCAGAGGAAUGGAAUCAGGCUGGACUGCCCAAGGAAGAUUGCAGGUUUCUAAAUGAUCAGGCUCAGACCUCGUGUCCCUGCCAAUCUUCUGUAUCCACGGCAGGCGGCUAGUUCCUUGCACCCUCCGUCCCCUACCUUACCCCUACCCUUUAGAUAAGUAGCUAGCUGGUUGCCUGGCAUGUGCUCUUUGUUUUAGAAAGUCUAUUGGGGAAGGGGGGGCCUCGUUACUACCCUCCCCCUCCAGAAAGCAUGAUGAUAGAAGCUUGCUGUGUGAACGGAAAAUGAAGCCAAGCACUUUUACUGACAACCUCUGGUCUGGUACAAUGCAGGCUACGCAAAAGCCUCUUCUGCGUACUGAUCACAGUGAUUGGAAGCUCCUCUUCAUCUAUCCUGAAGGGUGACUGUCAGUUGGUAUCCCCAGAAAAUAUUUCAGAUUAAUUCCGCCCCUCCCUCCACCCAUCCAAAACUGCUCUCCUAGCCCCUGACCGUGGAAAUAAAUUCAUGCACUUUUGCAAAAGAAGGUCCUGAUGUUUGCCAUCAGGGAUUUUCUAACACACACCAAGGAUGUGCCAGUUAAAGUGCUCAACGGGACGUGUGACAGUUUAAAAGCCUUGUAAAACUUACAUAGCUUACUUCUCUUCCUAAAGUGCGACAAGGAUGAAUAGAAUGGGCCAAGGUAUGACAAUUGAUGGUUCUGCAUGAGCUAGAAAACUGCUGUGGGGUUUUCCUUCUAUAACUUUGUCCUUGUGGAAACUUGUGACACAUUAAAAACCACGUUACCAAACUUGA